UUCAGUAUGUGCUUGGUGCGCCCAGACGCAGGAUACAGCUAGUUGUGUGUGAGAAAGAGAGAGAGAGAGAGAGAGAGAUUGGAAAGAAGAACAAGAUAGAGUGAGAGAGAGAGAGGAGUGGCGUGUCCGAUGGUCUUUCGAUGGGCACUUGUGUUUGUCCUGCUGCUGCUGCUCCUCCUCCUGUCCCUGUGUGCUGUGCUGCGGCGCCCCCUCAACUUAGGAGUGGCGGGGUGGGAUCAGUGUCCUGGUGGUGGUGCUGUGAUGCUGGCCUCCGUAGUGCAGUGCCAGAAGUGCCACACUGCCUGCCUCGCCCUCUACCCCACCUGCUGCCCUCCCAACACUCACAUCCUGCCCUACGCUGCCCUGUAUCCUGCAUCCUACGCGUGGUUCCCUCCCCCUCAGCCUUCAUCCAGCAAAUCAUAUCUUACACCUUGUGCAGAUACAUCCUUCAGUGCCUUCAGUCCCUCGUACACUGGUGUCUGGUGGCAUCCUACUUCAUAUCCUUCCUUCUGCACCGAUAUCCUGACUUACCCCACCCUGAAUCCAGCACCCGUGUCCUUUCCUCCUUCGUACGCGCACAUCUCGCCUGUUCCUUCAGCCCCCUCACAACACACGCCCAUAACAAGUCCUUCCCCUCUCAUCCCCCCGCCCACUCUCUUCACGUCCGCCUUCUCAUGCACCCCAAAGACCUCUACCAUGAUCUCUCACGCCCCUCCGUCACCACCUCUUUCGUCCAUGCCCCCGCCUCUCCCCAUGACCCUCGGAGGACGCGGGGUGUCUCUGAAGGUGCUUGAACCAGAUGGAGAUACCAAGAUGGAGUGGAUGGUGAUGAAUAUGGACCACUUCUUCUCCCCGUCCAUCCAGCUCGGCACGUACAUGAAGGACAAAUACGUGGUGCCCCCUAACUGUGAAGGAUGCUGGUGGUCGUAUAUAAUGGAAACAAACAUGUACGAAUUCAAUGAGACAGACAUCAGGAACAGGAAAUGUUGUUACUCGAGGGUUAACGAGGAUAGCAUUAACAUGUUGAGCCUGACGGGACACUUGCACCAAGUCUUCCUUACCACCACGUACGAGGCGCGACGCAGACGGCGGCGAGGGAGGGGUCGCAAGGACCUGCGUCGUAACUAUUGCCAGGUUUGGCGCUGUGAGCGGCGAUUGGCUAGACUGGCCGAGUUACAGCUCACCCAUCAGCAAGUGUCAUGCCGUGAUUGUCAAGGAGUUUUAAAGGAAUCACAACUGAUAACACUAUAUCAUCAUCAUCAUCAUCAUCAUCAUCAUCAUCAACACCAUCAUCAUCAUCAUCAUUAUGAAGCCAAAAUCAAGAAGAUCAUACACCGCCUCAAUCAAGAUAAAGCACGCUGGCACUUCAGGCGGUCGUUAUUCAUGAACAAAAUCAUCUCCACAAAUUUAUUACCUCUCCUGGUCCAUGUCAAAGAGGAGAAGGGACUUAUGGAAGCAACAGUGAAAGUGCUGCAGGAGCUGAUGACACCCGUUGAGUGCCUCAUGCCAACAGAGACCAUGAGCCAGAACCAUGAGGGGAAGCGCAUCAUCUAUGAGCUAGAGACGGCCAUUGUGAACGCUAAGAAGUUGUUCCUUGACACACAGGUCACCAAGGCCAUCGUUGACCUCAUGAGCUCAGUCCUCCAGGACUCCAAGAUCCUCACCCUGCCAGAGUGUGAGCUGAUCAACCAGUGUCUGCUGCUGGUGCGCAACUUGCUGCAUGUCAGCAGCAUCCAGACCCCACAGCAGCGUGCCGCCACCUUCCCUGGCCCCACUGCCUCUGUUGCCAACAGUUCUGCUGCUGCCACACCCAACCUGCCUGUUAGCGCCGGCCAGCAGACCGGAGCAAACACAUCAGUGCUCACGGAAGACCAAAUCAUGUGGAACCUGUUUGCUCAACGCUUUGACAACAUCCUCAUCCAGCUCCUGACUUGCAACCAACAGCACCUGUGGAACAUCACCAUGGUGCAGCUGGUAUCCCUGAUGUACCGAGACCAGCAGCAGGGCACCAUCAGGAAGCUCAUCAAUGAGUGGCUCGAGUCAUCCCUCCCUGAGAGUUCGGAAGAUGACGAGAAUAACCCCAUGUCCUCCUCCUCCUCUGAUGCGAUCUCCACCUCUGACCCCGUGUCUGACUCCUCGGAGAGACUGUCCCCUGUGGAUGGCAUGGCAAAGAAAAACAAGAAGAUACACAAGAUGUCAAGUCUCCAAGAGGACUCAGAUCUUGCCUCAGGAAACAAGAAUUUGCACAAUCUGGACAGCUGCCCGGACAGCGGGUUCUGCCGGACAGGGUCCAACAUAGACUCCUCCCUGGAUGAGUCUGUCUCAGACAACAGCUAUCGCAUGCUGGCCUUGGAGAAGCAGGAGAAGGAAGGCAGCAGCAAGGGCACUAUCACGGCCUGGUACCCGGGAGAGGCACUGCCCAGGCUGGAUGCUGCAGGCCAAGCAAUAGAAGAAGCUCCUGCGGAAGAGAAAAAGGGCUUGGAUGGUAAGACCUGCGGGGACGGGGAAGCCAGCAGCCCCAAGGACAUGUACAAAAUUAAAAUUAUCAGAGAAUGUGAGGAGAAUGAGAGUGACCAGGGUGGCAAUGAGGGCGGCAGUGAGGCAAGCAGCCCAGUGCCAUCAGAAGAGCAGCAGUCGCCCAUCACCCUUGAGGACAGCAAGCCCACUGACCCACACCUCAUGGAGUUCCUGCCAGGAGCAGAGGCAGAAGAAGAACCAGAAGCAGAACCAGAAAGUGAACCAGUACCAGAAACAGAAGUGGGAGCAGAACCAGUGGCUCAACUAGAAGCAGGAGCAGAAGUGGAAGCAGAGGCAGAAGUAAGAGUAGGAGCAGAAGAAAAGAACAUCAUGGCUCCCCUAGAUCCUGUCCUCAUAAAUAAGCAGGGUGAGGAGUCAUUCCCUAUGAGGGAGACUCACUCACCCAUGGAUGAGGAGGAAGAGGAAGAGGAGGAGGAGGUGAGACAGCCGGUCAAGUGGCCACCUAAUGUGGAGGAGUCAGGCUUCAGUGGGGACUCCAGUGAGAAAAAGCCGCCACCUCAGCUGCCAAAGCUUCACAAGAACAAGCCAUUGGUGGGACAGAAGCGCUCCAGACACACCAUGUCCCAGAAGCUGCUGUCAGACACCCAGGAGAACAAUGAGUCCAGCAACUCCACCGGCUCGGAGUGUGACGAGGGUCCCCACGCCAAGCGGCCGCACCACCAGAAACCACACAAGAUGCUGAGCAAGCCCCGGCCGGCCAAGAUGCUGCAGAAGGCACUGCAGGAGAGGAACAUUAAAAGGACCAAACUGAUAAAGAGGAAGGAAAGCAACAGCAUCAAAGCAAAGGCUCUGCUUCACCACCACCCAACACCUGAGGACAUCUCAAACCUCCUCAAGGAGUUCACUGUGGACUUCAUGAUCAACGGCUACUCUAACCUGCUGCAGGGGCUGAGGCUGCAGGUCAUGAUGCCCUACCAGAUUGACUUAGACAAGUCUCACCUGCUGUGGCUCAUCACCUACUUCCUACGCUUUGCUGUGGAGCUGGACCUGGAGCUGUCCCAGAUCUGCCCUGUGCUGUGUAUGGAUGUGGCGUGCUACCUGGUGUAUGAGGGCGUGGUGAUGCAGGAGGAGCUGGAGCAGGCAGUGCGGGCUGGAGAAAACAACUUGCUGCCCCACGUUCGCCGCCUCCACCUGGUCGUCACUGCCCUCAGGGAGUUUUUUGUAGCAUUUGAGAUCUGCCUGAAGAGGGAACAGAGCCUUCUGGAUGCCAGUCACCUGUUUCACAUCAGAGAAGAACUUGGGACGCUGGUGGAGAUGAGACAAUUGUUCGUGUUGUUGAUCCGGAUGUACCGACCCGGCGUGCUGAACCUCAACUACCUACAAGACCUUAUCACCACCAACCACCGCUUCCUCAUCACCCAGGAGGCCAAUGCCCCAAGCCACUCCUUGCAGUGCUCCUUCAACCUGUUCCACCACAUCAAGCAGUUCGCCACAAUGGAUAUCAUGCGUCAGUACAGCCGUCUCCUCGAAAACUUCAACAUGAAUGACGAGACGGUGAAUGACUGCAUCUUCACCAUGAUGCACCACAUUGCUGGUGACCUGAGGAACGUCAACGUGCUGCUGCAGCCGUCCAUCCUCAAGGUGUUCAUGCGUAUCUGGAAGGAAGGCUUUGAGCUGUGCGGGGACUGGGCAGACCUGAUAGAGUAUGUCCUCCGCAAGUGUACCCGCAUCCGCAUCAAACACCCGGACAAGGAGAAGAGCAAGAACUCGCACAAGCCUAUGGUGGAGGCUCCAGGGAUAGACCUCUCGAAUGAGGACUUUGAUCAGCUAUACAACCUAUACCUGGCCACCACGAGUGAACAGGACCUCAUGGACAAGAUAAAGGAGAUCUGCUGUGAUGACUCUAUUGAGGAACCUAUCAAGAAGGAAGUAAUACAGAAGUUGUUAGCACGAGGCUUCAUAACCAACAGUGAAUGCUCCAAGCUAUGCGCGGAGAUCCCCAUUGCCAGCCACACGCACACAGACCCUGAACCCGCCAUCCCCCAGCACUCCCAGGUGGAGCCGCUGGUUGCCAACAAGUCAGAGGGAGAUGUCAGUCUCGAGUGUGAUGUCAUGCAAGUCAGCAGCGAUUCGGAAGACUCCUCUGACAUCCCUUCAAACCUUGCCCACACCACCCAGGUCACCAAGAUGUCCACGGAAGAAGUGACGGAAAAGCUUGAUGGCAUGGGAAGCCUGAAGCUUGCCUCACCUCCACAUGCUGAAAGGUUGAAGCCCAAGCAGGAGGAGAAGCCUGUUGAAACCCAAGCCCCAUCGUCAGAGAAGAGCAUGGAUGCCACCUUCCUCUUUAAUGAGGACAGCUAUGACUGGGAUGACAACACUACCGUUGCCUUCCUUAUCGACAAGCUGAGAGAGGAGGGCUAUGGGAGUCAGGUUGUGUGGCUUCAGAAGCAGAUUCUUGAGGCCUGCUAUGCCAAGAUCAGGUUCAUGGGCACUGACCUCCCCAGACCAGAGCCUGUUGCCUUCCAUUUCACAUUGUCCAACCAGUCCAUCCCGCUCAUUCCAUGGACCAGUGAGCAGGAGGAGGCAUUCUCUUCACCCACCUUCCGUCAGCUGUUGGCCGAGCUUGGUUUCCACCUGCCCUCAGAUACUGGAAAGCUGUACCCCCGCAUCCCCCACUUCUGGUGCCCUGAGGUGCUCUACAUGGUGGCCAAGAGACUCGGGGACAUUACUGACAGUGUUCUGAGAGUGCCAUUGGAGCAGAUGCAGUUACUGAUGCAACAUGUGAGGCAGAUGGCCCUCACAGGUGCUAUGAGAGUCGAGGGAGUUCCGCUGGAAGAGUCCUUUGUUAAUAAGAGAGCUUCUUCUGUUGACUACGAUGAUUCCUCUGAGGAAGUCAGUGACUGCUCCAUGGAGAACAACCGCUCCGGCAAUUCGUCUCCAGUGUCAUCCAUUGAGGAGAAACUGAUGCCACUGGCUGAGGGAGAGCCAGCCCGGAGCACCAGCCUCACCUAAGAGGUUGGUCGAUGCAUGGGUGCCUGUAAAGGUAAACUGGUCACCAAGAUGUCUUAGUAAGGCUACUGUCCCACGUUAAUGGAUGUUUACUCAUCAGAGACAUAAAGGCCAACCAGAUGGAGACUGAAGUACUGGUAUUAAGUGCAUUACAGCACCUAACUAAAUUUUACAAAUGGCACUUGAAUUUUCUUGCUACAACAAAUUACAGCUCUCAGCUUUACCAUGGUAAAGAUUCACAACUUUAAAAAUCAUGAUUGUGGUCAACGAUUUUCAGUACCACUCAUGUUUUGAGGUCUGUGCUAUAGAGAGGGUAACAGAGUGUGGCCAUGCUGUUGUGAGCAAAACACACACAUGCACACACACGCGUGCACGUGCGCGUACGCAUGCACGUGCACACACACACACACAAACACACACACACACACACACACACACACACACACACACACUAUAAUGAAGUGACCAUUGGGUGGUGUGGUGGAGUAGUUGAUUACACACACAGAAGGGCCAGGUGGAGCUGUUGGCUAGUGGGAGUGUGAGGAGUUGAGACCAUGGGAGAGGAUGAAUGAAAAGGUUUGGAUGUUUUAGAAUAGAGAGGCAGUACAUACAUCAUAUAUUUAAUUGAAAAACCUAAAAGAUGCCAUACAUUUUCCCAUCACAGGUGUAUAGAGGAGGAAACAACACUAGAGCACAAUUUUUGUUAAAUUUCUUCAUUGGCCGCAUAUUAAAUGAAUUUCCAUUGGUUGUAGAUUUUAGAUAUUUUAGACAGAUUUUAGACAGAUUUUAGCAAAAUCUGUCCCCACAAAAGCUAAAAAAUCAGCUACUGCCACUAAAUCAAUCCUAGCAGGCACCAGAUAAGCAUAUCAGUUACUUCAGGAAACUACACUGAUUGUUCUUUCAAGUGAGAACUUAAUCAUUGUAGUAAAAUGAGGCUUUGAGUUAACUUUGGCCAACAAUUGGAAAUACUAAAAUCAGGCUGGAUGACUGCCCAUGCCCAAAAGUAUUACCCAAGUGUUGAUUCCUGCACCAUAGUUAUGUAAAUUACUAAGAUUACUGAAGAAGUGAAUGAUUAAUAAGAAUAUUCAAAUUAACUUCUAUUUAUCAGUACACAUUAUAAGAUAUCUGACAUUAACAUUUGACUAAAAACUGAAUAUAUGACUACAUAGUAGCAGUCAAAAUGGCAAAGUAAUGGCAGAAUGUUGGUCGUAAAACAAAUUUAUCUUUUCCUGUAUAGUUUAGAAAACCUGUGGCUGGUUUGAUGAUGUUUCCAGCAGGCCUUCCACCAGCUGCUGUCUUCCCAUCACCUCCGCCUCUACCUCGGUCCCAGCUGACCCACCCCUGCCCACCACCUGCCCACUGCGAGGGUGCCGCCACUCCUCUGUGAACCCUACGGACACACCCUGAUCUCGAGUGCUGGCACUGGUGUCGCCUCGUCCUUCCCCGCCCCAGGAGGGUUGAAAGCCUGAGCUUGUGAUGUGGACACCCAAGUGUUCAAGAGUUCCAUUGGGGAUGGAAAAGUGCAAACUGUUUACACUCAUAUUUCUAUUUUUUUUAUAUAGGUAUAUAAUACAUGUUUAAUGUGAGACUUAAAUUAUUUUACUUGCAUACAAACUAUUUUUAUUAGUUGAUGGCUAUCUGUAUAACCAAAGAUCCAGACCUUUGUGUAAAGACUCACUUCAGGAGAGCUAACUGGCAUUACAGACUGUCACUGUACCCUGCAAUCCUAGACUUAAGCUUGUUAAGUAAUUAUGUGACGUCAUCCACCUGUGUACUCCAUACAACCUUGAUUACCUCUGGCUUCAAUUUUACUUAGCUUGAUUCUUUUGUAUGAGUUGUACAAUAAUAAUUUCCUCUGAUCCAAGCAUCAGUGCUAACUUCUGUAAAGGACAAUUUCAGUACAAAUGUAAUUUUAGAAGACAAAAAGUUCAUCUUAAGCUGCUUAGAGUUUCUGAAUACGUUUUCAUCUUCUGAUCAACAUACAAUGCACAUUAAGGCCAACAUCUGUUGAGAUGCUUGGGUCAGGGUCUGUCUUGUCUAAUCUCCAUCAUCAGUGAAAAAACUCAGCAAAGAGCUCAAAGUCUCUAACAGGAACCCUUUUAUAUGAAGCAGCAAAUAUCUGCUACUGAGUGACUGAAAUGUGUUAAAUGACUUGUCACAGUACAUAAAUACUAGUUCAAUGA